AAUGGCGUCGGUGUUACGUUCGUGGUGGAAUUUGAUUUUUGCAAUUUUUCUUAUAACUCCGUAUUCGCUUUAUACGACGAUCCAGGUGACGUGGUGAUUUUAACCCAUGAGAAUUUUAGUGAGAAGGUGCUGGAUAGCAGCGAUGUGUGGUUCGUGGAGUUCUACGCUCCGUGGUGUAGUCAUUGCCAGAAACUGGCGCCGGAGUACAAGAAAGCCGCCACGGAGAUGAAAGGCGCGGUACACUUCGGGGUGGUAAACUGUGAUGAUCAGAAGACGUUAGCCGAGCAGUUUAGUAUCAGUGGCUACCCGACGAUUAAGAUCUUCGGGAGGGAUAAGAAGGCGCCCACCGAGUACCAGAGUAUGCGGACGAUGGAGGCGUUGCGGAAAGCGGCGCUGACGGCCCUGAAUGAGCUGAUGGAGGGCAGUAAGGUCGCUAAGAAGCGGGAGCCACGAGUGAUUAUGGACACGCCCGAGGAAGAAACGGGAAAACAGGUCAGUGACCAGGAACCGAAGGGGAGAACUUCUGGGGAAGAAACGGGAGCGGUACAACAAGGGAAGGACAGUGAAACAAAACCAGGCGAAUCCGAUAAACAAGGCGGUAGUGAGAACGCGAAGCCUGCCAAGCCUACGGAAAGCGAUAAAGCCAAUAAGAUCAAGCCUUCAAAAGCUGCGAAGAAAUCAGCAGAUACCGAAAAUGUUCCUAGUAUUUUGGAAUAUGUCGAACAUGAAGACGAAAAGGUCGAUCAAAAGGGCCAAUCAGCCGACAAAAAAAGCAAGCGUGAUAAAGAGAAUACGGAGAAACGAAAAGCUGAAGUAGACGAUCGAGAAAUGCCUCGAGGUAAGGAACGCAAGCAGGAAGAGCCCAGCAUUGACAAACCAGAAACCGAAGCAGGCGACAAAGAAGGAGAAGAUCCGAAGCCUUCUGAAACCAAGCCGAAGAAGCGAUCUCAGGAGGAUUCCGAUCCGGAAGAAGGAAGAGAGAAGAAAAAGGUCACGAAAGCAGAAAACGAAGAUAAACCCGCUGACACUACAGACGACACGGAAGCUGACGAUUCACUAAACGAAGCCACACAGGAGACUGAAGGUACCGCCGAAUCUGCGAAAAAGCAAAAAACCACCGAGACACCCUCAUCGGACACCGAGGAGGACGCUUCCGGUGAACCAUACGCGGAAUCGCCAUCCGGAGAUUUAUCCGUCAUUACUCUUACCGACGAAAACUUCAACAGCACCGUGGUGUCCAGCGAGGAACCCUGGUUGGUAGAGUUUUACGCACCCUGGUGUCAAUACUGCCGCAAAUUCGCUCCCGUUUACGAGACCAUCGCCAAGAACCUUCAAGGACAAGUCAACGUGGGUGCGUACGACUGUGACGCAGAAGAAGUCAUCGCCAACGUUUACUCCAUCGGCAACUUCCCGACCUUAAAGCUCUUCCCACCCGGAUCCAAGGACCUUAGCGACGUCAUCACCUACGACCUCUCCGACAUGACAGCGGAGGACGUCCAGAAAUGGGUUAAUCUGCAGUUAUCGCAGCUGAUCCCCGCCCCCGCGUUUCUCAGUUAACCGAUCAGGCCGGGUUUGAUGAGGCGUGCACCAACGUCCCGCUGUGCGUCAUCGGAUUCCUGCCGCAUAUUCUCGACUGCAACGCCGCCUGCCGGAACGAUUAUCUGAAGAUACUGAAGAAAUUGGGGGAUAAAUAUAAGAAGACGCAAUGGGGUUGGUUGUGGGCGGAGGCUGGCGCCCAACCGGAGUUGGAGGCGGCGCUGGGGGUGGGCGGUGCGGGGUAUCCGGCGUUGGCGGCGGUCAGUACGAAGAAGAGCCGGGUGGCGACGCUCCGCGGGGCUUUCUCGUUUAACGGGAUCGACCGGUUCCUGGAGGCGCUGUACAUGGGCGGGGAGACCACGGCGCCACUGAAAGGCCAACUGCCGGCAGUGAAGGUCGGGGAGGAGUGGGAUGGGAAGGAUGGGCUGAUGCCGACUGAGGAGGAAACGGGAGAUGAAGAGUUGCACCAGCACGAGGAGUUGUGAGGGGUUUAACAGAAAACAGCCCACGUUGGGCUUUGUUCUGUCGUCACCAUUCGCUAUCGUGCGAUCCGCAUGGGCUAAUAUUCUUGGUCUUUCUACGACCACGUUCCUGGAUUUCUGCUCAUGAAGAUGAUGGCUAUGCAGUCUGGGAGGGGCAGUUGUUCUUUUCCUACAUUAUAAUAUUAAAUAAAUUGUUAUAACUG